AUGAAAAACAAAAAAAGGGGAAGUGAUGAGACGUGGCUUCCACAGGGUCCUGGUCAACGCAUUUUGAGCAGCACACCACGGGGAAUCCCUCCCCUAGUCAGGCCUGGUACAAAGAAGUUGUUGCCGAUCAAAGACCUGGAGGCGUGCAUGAAAAAGUGCAAAUGCUUGGCACCCGAAGACAGGCAAUGGUGGUCCUCUUUUAUCCUUGCCGAGAAAGCAUUCCGUGCAAAAUGGGAAGCUGCUUCUGCCAAAUUUCUCAGUGAGGAUAAAAGAGCAGAGUGGCACCUCAACAAAUUGCAGAGGCAUCGCCUGAUUAAGAAAGCCACAACAACCGACCGGGACCAAUGCAACAGGAGGAAACCCUGAAUGACCAUUUCCCACAAGCGAGUCCGUGUUUUAGUGCUUAAUGCACAAAUGUGGUCUUUCAUGGGCUUUUUGUACAGGCAUUGUGACAUUCAACAUUCGAACCCUGUACAUCUGGGCUCUAAGGCUACCAUAGAUAGUAUUGGUAAAAUAAGGGUGUCUGGAAUAAGCAUUAAAGUCAAAAUUAAUGAACUGUUGAAACAAUACCAAAUAAAUAAAACAAAUAACCAUCACAUGAAGAUGCUAUCAUCCUGUCCGUUCAAUGCAAUACAGUUAAAUAUGUCCGUGAAAACACUUAAGGUCUCCCAUUGACAUACAACGGAACUUGUAGAGUAAUCAGGAGAACGAAUUGUUGACAAAAUAGUGAGAAAUUAUAGACAAGACUUUAUCAUACCUAAAAUACAGAUACAGUGCUGCUGUCAGCCCCUGGUUGCCUUGAGUUUUUGUAAGUUAUCAAUGAAAUAAUUUGUCUGGCUUGGGGAGAAGGGUCAGGAGCUUUAACUUAAUUUUCAUUUUCUACUUUUUGCUGACAGGUCAUGGUGCAGGAAAAAAGGAAAAAUGGAGGCGACGGUGCUCCAAGAAUAAGGCAGAGGGGGUCUAAAGAGAGCAUUUCCUCUUAAGCCUAUUUUAUUCAAUAUAUAUUUUAUUCUCAAGAAAUUCGUUCAAGUAAAUGUUUGUUAGAAAGCUCACUAGCAAAGUUAUAAACAAACCAAAAAUGAUUCAUUACUUUUUUGUUCUACGGUAACACAGUAAGGAGAAAAAAAAAAAAAUUUAUUUCUUAUUUUGUAGGCAAACCCGUCAGUGAAAAAAACGAAAAACAGAAACCAAAAAAACUUGAGUCUUGACUUUAAGCUUGAUGUACUGAGGGAGUAUGGCCUGUGUGGCCAGCAGAUUAAGAUUAUAUCACAAGUUACACGGAUAGUGUUUCCAGGGCCUGCCGAAGCGAAGCUAUGAGGUCUGUGAUGAGGUUUUGUAAAAUUUUCAUUGCUAGGGAGCCCAUAAUUUAUGGGCUCCUGUCAUUGCCUGCUUUUUGAGCACAACGCAAAAAAAAAAUCAUGUGUAAGAAAUCAUUAGGUGUAUUAUCUUGAUGAAAAAUCCCUGGCAGAAUAAGGUGCAGUAACUCGAUCUGCUAUUUACCAGUGACAUUUCAUGAUGGUCAACGAUUUUAUGAAAUGCUCGGAAAAAUAAAAUCUAAAAUAACAUGUAGUACACUUUAAAUUAUACUUACUUGAGUAAAAUCUUGAUAUACAAAAUUGAUUAAAUGCAAGAAUACGGGAAUAUCAAAUAGUGAAGAGAGUACAGCCAGAAAAUGUUGAUUAGCCAGUUGUCAAAGUUCACGCCAGCAGAAAGGGCUAUUGUGUAUGUACCCACUCUCCCACAUAAGCUAUCCUUUCAUAUGAACACGGAGAAUUCCGAGGAAUAUCUUUUGCUCUGAGGCAAGUCCAAAAAUGAGAGAAGGAAGUGAAGUCCUCGAAAUUUUUACUUCUGAAAGGUGUCGUAAACGAAAGUCACUUCCGGAAUUAAGAGAGACAAGAAAAAAAGCCAUUGCUGGAUGCGAAAGGAUACAUACACAUCAUGAUACUUUUUGUGAUAUAUUCUUCUAGAUGAAAAUGAAGUAACACCUGAGGUGAGCGAUUUAUAUUAUUUCGGGGGGGCAUUGUAAUUAUGUUGAUUCUUAAGAGAACUUUUCGUAAGAAACUGAGUUUUCUACUGCACCUUCGAACAGAGAUCGUUGGAUAGUUGCCUGCUUGUUAGAAGUUAUGCUUCUUCGAAGAUCAUGAAGUAAUUUUUUGAUUUUCUUGUUCUAUUCUUGAACAUUCCACAGUUUCGUAGGUGCAGCCUUCCAGUACGUACUCAAGAAUGAUGCACUGACUUGUCAUGAAAUAGAUUUUUACCUUACGGGUCAAAUUCACACUUGUGGAAUGUAGCAUAUUAUCCCGUUAUUCUCUAACAAACUUGUGAUUGGGUAUAACGGGUAAAGUAUUAUUAGCUGUUAUUAGCUGUUAUCCCCUUAUUCACUAACAAGCUUGCCAUUGGAUCUAAUAGGUUUGUUAUCUGAUAACAUUAGACUAGCUCUUAGCCAAAGAUAAUCUUGAUCCUGAUUGGCUCUAAUGGCUGAUAAGAGGCAAUAACAGCUAACAGCAAUUAGUCCCAAUUAAAUUGAACGGGUGUUGAAUGUAACAAGGGUCGCCACUAUGGGAACUUUAUGGUAAAAAACUGCAGACACUACUGUUUCGGUUAGAUGUAUAUAUCUUUUGGAUUCGUUUUCUUUACUUGAUUCAUAUAAUUUACCUUUAAGAUGAUCUCUGUUAAGGGUCAAAAAAGGUUGGGCCACGCCAAGAUUUAUCUCCUUAAGGAGUUUAACUCAAAAUUUGCAACGAGCAACACUGCCCAUUAUUUUCAUAUGGGAGUCCCCCCUGGGGCUUUGUAUUUUGUAUUAAAUUACCUUCCUUCUUCUCCACUGUUAUGCCAUACUGUACCUCCACUAUUAACACUUUAUGUAAAUUUUUUGGUUACAAAAUGGUUUUCUUUUUGCAUAGCAUCUGGAGCAAGAGUGGCUUUAAAUGAAGUGUUUGGUCAUCCACAGCAACAACAAAUUAGAUCCACAGCUCCUGUGGCUGAUGUGAUAUCAAAAGCACGAACUCUUGUGAAGUCUCUUGCGACAUCUAACAGAACUGGUGGGGGGAAACUAGCCUUUAAAGGUAGUUCAAGGACAAAGGCUGGUAAACAUGGAUUUCCCUUCAAAAGUUCAAGGGCAACUGGCCUAACCAAAGGAAAGGUUGCAGCCCCGAGGGUUCAUCAAAAAACGUGUUGUAGUUUUGGAUCACAAGGAAAACUGCCCAGAAGUGUACACCCUGGCAGAUGCCAUGGUUCUGAUUGAUGGUAACAUACAUUAUUAG